CUGACUUUAAUAAAUAAUGUUUUCUUUGUAAAUAGUGAGAUGUCCAACUCUGAAUCUGUUUUGGUCCUCCUGUGUCCUGAUGGAAUUGAUACCUUUGCCCACACUUCCAAUGGAUCCUUCGCACUUCCGGUUGCCAGCAGAACACUAUGGAGCCAGCGAGGGCGGAAGUGCCAGUAGGGAAGAUGGCGGACUCGGCUCGCAGCUCCCGGUAACCCUUGCUAGCAGUAUAGCCAUGCCCGUCCAGUGGCUGGCCGCCCGGGUGCUCUUUUACCCGAGCUUGCUGUACAAUGUGCUGAUGAGGAAGGUGACGGACAGGAACUGGUACGACAGGAUCGAUGACACGGUUCUCCUGGGAGCGCUGCCCUUCCGCGGAAUGAGCGACACGGUAGCUACCGCGCAUGCGCACCGGGUCACGUGAUCUGCCCCCUUCAUGGUCAUGUACGCCUGGCCUGCACUUGUACGGGGAAGGCAGGUCGCAGGCCAAAGUAGCCGCACCGGAAACAUUCUCCAAGUCUGUUCUGUUUCCAGUUUGGCCUGAAAUAUGAAAUUAUUAUUAUUAUCUCCAUUUAUAUCUGAACAUGAAAUGCACUUUAAAAUGCUCUUGUACUCCCCCUUUUUCUAAUAACAGGAUCAUAGGUUUAAAUAGCUGAAAUAACAAUUCCCGAAACUUGUUCCAAACACACAAUGUGGCAAUGAUUGUAAACACAGCUUCCAAUAAGGCUCUACUGAUCCAGCUAAAAAUAUUUAUAAAGACUAGUUUAUACUCCUAAAAAUUAGCACAAUUAAUAGUUGUUUGGUUUUUUGGGGGGGGGAGGGGAGUUAUAUCUUUUCUUUUUUUUUUAUACUGUAAGGGACAAACAGAUUUAUUUAUUUAUAAAAUAUUUUACCAGGAAGGAUACAUUGAGAUUUCUCUCGUUUUCAAGUAUGUCCUGGGUCUUUGUCCACAAAACAUUGCAUUGUUACAAUAGGGUACAAUAUUACAAACAAUUACAAUAUACAAACUAUCUAUACACACACAUAUAAAUUAAAAGGACCACUAAAGUCACCCAGGCCACUUCAGCUCAAUGAAGUGGUCUGGAUGCUAGGUCCCCCAGGUUUUAACCCUUCAGGUGUAAACAUAGCAGUUUCAGAGAAACUGCUAUGUUUACAUUGCAGGGUUAAUUCAGCCUCUAGUGGUUGUCUUCAUGCAAAAAAUCGAAUUGAGCACGCAGAACGUCCAUAGGAAAGGGACCUAUGGACUAUAUAGUGCCAAGAAAACAAGUUUGAGUUUGAAAACACUCGUUUUCCUGGCACUAUAGUUGUCCUUUAAUACAUAACAGGUAAUAAAUAUAUUCAGCCAUGAGAGGUGCAUUCUGUGCUGAGGUUUAUUGCCAUAGAUCUCUUAUAUCUAUAGAUUGAAUGAAGAUUUGGCAAUCUAAAGGAAUAUUUUCCUUUACUGGUAAUAUGCCAUGGCAACAGUUACUGGUGGGUUUAUAUCCCCUCUGCUACUAUUGAACAGGUUAAGCAACCCAAAUUAUAAAAAGUCUUGGAUACUCUACAGUCACUAAAACAACUUUAGCUUAAUUAAGCAGUUUGGCCGUAUAGAUCCAGCCUCUGAAGUUUCACAGCCAUUUAGGAGUUGAAUCACGUUUGUUUCUGUUUAUGCAGCCCUAGUCACACCUCCUCUGACUGUGACUGACACAGCCUGCAUAAAAACAAAAUGGUGCCAUUUUCAAUCACAUGUAACUUAUUUUAAAUGUUUUUAAUCUCCUACUCUGUAAAUUGAACUUGAGUUACAUACAGGAGGCUCCUGCUGGGUCUAGCAAGCUAUUAACGGAGCAGAAGAUAACAAAUUCUGAAUUCAAUAUCAUUUGCAAUAAAGGAAGUGUAAACAUUAGAUGACUCUUUACAGGAAGUGUUUAGGAAGGCUCUAUAAGUCAUAUGCGGAGGUGUGACCAGGGCUGUAUAAACAAAGUGAUUUAACUCUUAAAUGGCAGAAAACUGAGCAGUGAGACUGCAGGGGCAUGAUCUAUACACCAAAACUGCUUCAUUAAUCUAAAGUUGUUUGGUGACUAUAGUGACCCUUUAAAUGAUACAUCUUUCAUGUUUUUUUUUCCAGUUGGUUAAUGACGAAAAUGUCCGUGGAGUCAUAACUAUGAAUGAAGAAUAUGAGACUAAGCUACUCUGCAACUCUGCUGAGGUGAGUGAAUAAAACAUAGAGUUCUGCGUGUCCUUAGGGUCCAUGUAAUGGAACUGACAUGUAAAUGUAAUUGAACGUGCUUGGUUCAUAGUCUGUAGGCUGUGUUUUAUUUUCUCCCUUUCUGUUCCAGUUUUUUCUUUAAUUCAUUGGGGGCUUUUCAUUUCCAAGACUCAUAUAUUGGUUUACUUGCUUAAAGAAACACGAUCGGCACCAAAACAACAUUGAUUGCAAUGCCGCAGUGGUUUCAUUUAUCUGUGUAAUCCUUUAAACUAAACAGUUUAUAAUUUGUUUUUGUUUGUUUCUCUGAUAUGAUUUAGAAUAAAAGGAAAGAAGCAAAACGUAAAUUUCUGUUUUAAUUAAAUGAUCAUAUUUAGGAGGGUAGGCCUUUUUUAGCCCAAAGUUUAUCUGUUCCAGUUUUAUUUGCCAAUGUCUUUUUAGAGCUUCCUACAGUGAGUUUAUCAAUCCCGAUGAUCUCUGUCCAAUUCAGUACUAACUGGAUGAUCCCCUUCCAAUCCAAUGCUUGUCUUACAGAAAGAUUGGUGACAUACACCAAUACAAAUGCUUCUCAUAGAGGAGCAUUGAACCCAGUGUGCUCUGAGCUACAUUUAAAGGGACACACCACUGUCCAAAUGCAAAAUAAAUUAAAAAAAAUCACAGUUUUAAUAGAUAUUCCCCAAAUGAAAACAUUCAUGCAUUUAAUUAUAAAUUAUUAUUUUUUAUCGGUGUUAUAUCUAAAAUCAGCUUGCAAAACCUACAGUUUUCUUGUCUGCAGCCUUUGCAACCCCUCCCCUUCUAAUCCCGCCCAGACUUUCUGUGGCUGUCCAAUCGCAGACUUCCCAAUGCAGCUCAAUGAGAAGUCUUUUCAAGACAGGUGUUUUCUGAUUGACAGCCAGGGGGUGUAACCAGAUUAAUUCAUAAAUGUGUCCAUUUCUAUUGAAAUCUGCACUUUUUGCAAAAUGAAAAAAAUAGGACACACUCUUCACACAAAGUUUUUCACCAAGCUAAAGUGCUUUAGAGGUCCAUAGUGUCGCUUUAAAGUUAGCGAAGUAGGCCAUGCUCUCGCUGUCUUAUUGACAGCUGGAAGGCGUGACUAAGCUGAUUUAUAAAAGUGCUGGUUUAGAAAAUAGGCCUCCAAUAAAUGCCCAAAGCAUGCUGAAGUGCUUUAAUGGUGUGAAGUGUUCCUUUAACACAGAUAUAACAAACAUGUGAAAACACAUAGGAAUGUUGUGAAUGUUGAACAACUGCAGCAUUCGUGCAUUUUAUGGGUAUUUUUUGUUUAUUUUCCUAAGCUGAUCUAUCCAAAAGGCGCCUCUCCACCAGUUGUUGAGCGAGACCAUUCACUAUGAUACUGUGUGAGUCAUAUCCUCCCUUUGCAUCAUGGGAGGUUUAGUUUAGCAGCUGCAGGAGGUACAUAUGUCACAUGGUUACUGUAUUAGAAUUUCAUCAGUGGCUGAUAAAAGUGACCUCCAUAGUUUGGUUUUAAUGUCAUUUCAUUAUAGACCUGUGAGGUUAAUUUCUGUGACUGGGAAAAUAUUUGAAGGGCUAUUAAGUGAUAAUAUUCAGGAAUUCAUUGGGAAGAACUGUGUUAGCAAUAAUCAGCAUGGUUUUAUGAAACAUAGGUCAUGUCAAACUAACCUAAUUGCAUUCUACGAAGAAGUAGGUAGAAGUAUAGAUCAGGGUGUUGCAGUGGAUGUGAUCUACUUGGAUUUUGCCAAGGCAUUUGAUACGGUUCCUCACAAAAGGUUAGUCUUCAAACUAAAAGAAAUUGGUCUAGAUGCAUAUUCUUUUUCUUGGGUAGAACAUUGGCUUAAGGAUAGAGUACAACGAGUUGUAAUUAAUUGAAUAUUUUCAGGCUGGACAAAAGUGGUAAGUGGUGUCCCUCAGGGUUUUUGGACCACUUCUUUUUUGUGAAUAUAAUUUUUAUUCAUUUUGCAUAUAUUAAUGUUCGGUGAGACGCGCAGGUCUCCAUUGCAUGCUAUUAUAAAAGGUAACAAGUUAGGCUCGCAGGCCCCAUCGCAGAAGGACUCGCAGGUCCCCAUUUUCUGGUAUUUACAUUUGUUUGUGAAUAUAAGUUAAAUAACGUUUUCAUGAACUGGGUGAACAUUAUGCCUUGUAAUCGUCCUUGAACCGGAUUAAUCAGUCCUUGAUUGGGUGUCAGUGUUUGUAGGCUACCCCUAUGGCCCCUGUCAACGGGCGUCUCACAGGGCCCUGUGUUCUUAGCUAUGUGGCAUCGUCCGUGGUGGGCUUGUGUUUUCCCCCGUUAUUACUAUCGGUGUUUCCCGUGUUUAACCAGGGGUAUGAUGGUAUUGCGGGUAGAGGGUACUCUUACAUUGGGUGUGUGGAUACUGCAUUAGCCGUGUCAUUGCCGGGCCUGUCCAGGGUUACCUCAGGUGUUCGCAUGUUUUGGCUUUGGGGUGACGUCCCGGGCUGGUCUGGACGUAUGUACCAGCUCGUGUUUGUUGAUCGUUCCUAAUUAUGGUUUCCCUUGUCGCUAUGGGUGCGGUGGGGAUGAUUCAGUCAAUGAUGAUGCUCGGGUAUUUCGAAGGGAGUAGGGAGGGGGGGGGAAUGCGUCGGGGUGGGAAGAAAGGAAAAAGGGGGGGGGGUAGUUCCGUUCAGUUCGUCUGUCGGCCGUCUAGCGUCGUCUGGGGUGUGUGUUCUGAGUGCUAUCUGUCUGUGUCGUGGUAUCCGUUAGUGUUAGGCCUGAGUUCUAAUUGGAACUCUUCUUUUGCCAUCUCUAGAAUCCAGUGCGUCCAGAUGCUCAUGUAGGUAGUGGGUGUAGUGUUGGCCGUCAUGGUCAGUUUCUCUAUCGACCUUAGUUCUUCCAUUUGGCUAAACCAGGUCGAAAGUGGGGGUGUAACUGUUUGUUUCCAGAAUUGGGGGAGCACUCGUUUGGCCACGUUAAGUAUUCUAAUGGUCAUGGAUUUUUUGUAUUUGGAGCGGGGAACUGUUGUGUGGUGUAGGAGCAUCGCUGCCGGUUCCAGGGGGGGGGGCGCGUCCGCGAACUUCUCUAGCAUUUUGUGUAUCCUCUUCCAGUAUGGUUGGAUCAACGCGCAAUCCCACCAGAUGUGUUUUGUGGUGCCCACCUCUCGUUCACAUCUCCAGCAGAGUCUGGAGUGGUCUGGGUUUACGUGGUGAAGGAGAUGUGGUGUCCUAUACCAAUGUGUUAGAAGCUUGUAGGCCGUUUCCUGUGUUUUGCUGUGAGUGGAACAGUGGUGUGUAAGGUAGCAGAUGGUUUCCCAUUCUGCUUCUGUUAGCGUGUUACCAAGGGCUGUCUCCCAUUUUCCCAUGAAGAGUGGUGUCUCGGACGGGGUUUCUGAUUGGAGCAUGGAAUAUAAGAAGGACACUCCGUGUGGGAGCGGGUCUGGGUGUGAGCUGACCACUUCUAUCGUGGUCUGGUCUCUGGCCAGUGCUGGUCCCUGCGGCAGGGAGUGGACGUAAUUGGUCAGUUGGGCAUGUCGGAAGCAGUGCAUAAAGGUCGGGGGCGUCUCUCCCAUCAAGUCCGUUAGUGUUUUACAUUUCCCACCUUGGAGGAAGUGGUGUAGGCGUGGGGAUCUGUCUGGGAGGAUGUGUUUGAGGACUCCAGGGUCCAGACCCGGCGGGAAGUCCUCGUUGUGUGUCAGGGGCAGGAGGGGGGAGGGGUACGGUGCCAUAUUCCCCUUCUUUGUGGCCUUCCUCCAAACUCUCAUGGUGUGUCUCGUGUAUAUGGACAUGUCACCUCUAUCGAUUGUGUCUCGGCCCCAGGAAAGGCCCGAGAUCGGUCUGCCUCUUCCACCGUCUUCCAUAGUUUGUGAACUCCGUCUUUAGACCACUCUGCAGGUGUGUGGCCACGUAGUACUGGUGGAAGUCUGGGAGGGCUAGUCCCCCUUUGUCUUUAGGACGUGUCAGUGUGGAAAAUUUCACUCUGGGCCUCCCCCCGUUCCAUACGUAUUUUAUCAUUUCUUUUCUGAGUGUGUUAAAGAAGGGGCCCGGUAUGACAGUGGGGAUGGCCUGGAAGAGGUAUAAGAGGCAGGUAGGACCAUUCCCUCAAGUCUCGUUGGAACGUGUGCAGUAUAGUGGCGAAGUUGUCCCUAUACAGGUCUCUGCUCUGCCUGGUCAGCCAUAUACCUAAGUACCUAAUUUUAUGUUCGGCCCAUUGAAAGGGGAAGCUGCGUCAUAGAGGGUCUGCGCGUGUGGCGGGGACGCUAACAUUAAGGAUGUAGGAUUUGCCGUAGUUAAUUGUAAGGUUAGAUAUAUCGCCAAAUGUCCGCAGGUCUUUCUGGAUGUUUGGAAGGGUGAUCUCGGGGUUGGUCACCACAAAAAGUAGGUCAUCCGCGUACGCCGCUACCUUGUGGUGUAUUUGGCCUGUCGUCCGGCCCGUUAUGUUUGGGUUGUGGCGGAUGUGUGUGAGGAAUGGUUCCAGGGCGAGAGCGAACAGAAGCGGCCAGAGGGGGCACCCCUGUCGAGUGCCAUUGUGUAUGGUAAAGGUCUCAGUCAGCGCCCCGUUAACUAACACCUGGGCCGUCGGUGCUCGGUAUAGCGCCUCUAUCCAGCAUCGGGUGUGGGGACCCAGCCCCAUGUGGGAUAGCGUCUCGAAGAGGUAGUCCCAGCUCACUCUAUCGAAGGCCUUCUCUGCGUCCGUGGACAACAAGAGGAGGCCUCCGUCCGUGCCCCCACCUCCGUGCAUAAGUGUGAGCGCUCUGAUGGUGUUGUCGCGCGCCUCGCGUCCUGUCACAAAUCCCACCUGGUCAGGGUGGACCAGAGAUGGGAUAUGUUUGGUGAGGCGCACCGCCAGGAUCUUGGCUAGUAGCUUAAUGUCGCAAUUGAUUAGCGAUAUUGGUCUGUAAUUCCCGCAAUGCUCUCUGUCUUUGCCGUCCUUGGGUAUGAUGGUGAUAUGGGCUGUUAGGGCUUGGGUAGGGAUGUGGUCUCCUUCUCGUAUCACGUUAAAUGCUUCCACCAUGGGUGGGUAAAGAUCCUCGGCGUAAGUCUUAUAGUAUUUUACCGGUAAGCCAUCCGGCCCCGGGCUUUUGCCCGGUUUAGUAAGUUUGACCGCUCGCGCUAAUUCCUCAACGGUUAUGGGUUUGUCAACCAGGUCAGCGACUUCUGCGUCUAGGGUCGGUAUCGGGUAUUUAGUCAGGUAGUCCUGAAUCGAGCGGCGAAGGUGUGCCUUAGCCAGUUCGGUUGUCGGUUGUGGGAGUUCGUAUAGCUCAGUGUAGUAUGUACGGAUCGCUCUCAUGAUAUCAGUCGGGAGACGGUGUAGGGACCCCUGUUUGUCUCUGAUCUUGUCGAUGUAUGUGUGCUGUCUCUGUUUCCUCAGCAUCGUAGCGAGGAGCUUACCACUCUUGUUCCCAUGUAGGGUAAAGAAGGCCUUAUUUCUAAGUGCCUCCCUGUGGUGUUUGGAAUGCAGUAUGGUCGCUAGGUCCCUCCUCAGUUGUAGGAGUCGGGUCUGGUGUGUGUGGUCUGGGUCGCGUUUGUUUUGUUCGUCCGUUUUGUGUAUGUCGUCUAGUAGGACGGUCAGUCGAGCUUCGGUUUGUUUUUUUAGUAUUGCCCCCUGUUGGAUAUAGUGACCUCUUAUCACACUUUUGUGUGCCUCCCAGCGUAUCGUCGGCGAUGUCUGCUCCGUCGUAUUGGUGGCAAGGUACUCUCUGAUUUUAUCGCCUAUAAGGGUCGUGACUCCCGGGUGGGAGAGUAGGUAUUCAUUGUGUCUCCAUUUUGGAGAUGUGGGGCGAAAUAGUGGUGACUUUAUUUUGAGGGAGACAGGGGCAUGGUCCGACCAUGUGGCUGUUCCGAUCCCGACGUCAGUUAACAAUGAAAGGUCGUAGUGUGAGGUGUAUAUGUGGUCGAUGCGGGAGUAUGAGUUGUGCGGAUGGGAAUAGAAAGUGAAGUCUCGGGCGUCUGGGUGGUGGGCCCUCCAGCAGUCGACCAGUCGGUGGUCCCGGAGUAGGGAUUUGAUGCCUUGCAGUUGUUGGUUGGGGAUAUGUGAGGUGCCCGUUGAGGUGUCCCAUGACGGUUCUAAUGCGACAUUAAAGUCACCCCCCAGUAUGAGAGUCCCUUCUUUGAACGCCUGGAGCUUGUGGAGUGUUUGUUUGAGGAAGCGGUAGUGUCGUGUGUUUGGGGCGUAUAUGGUUGCGAACGUGUACUGAUGGCCUGCUAUUUCCCCCUUGAGGAAUAGGUACCUGCCUUCAUCGUCCGACAAGCAGCCCCCCUCCUGGAACGGCACCCUCUUAUGGAAAAGUAAUGCUCCCCUAGCUUUCCCCCCGUGGUAGUCACUGUAGUAUCCUUGUGUGUAGUGUUGGUUUGUUAGUUUGGGUCUGGCCCCUUUCUGAAAGUGUGUUUCCUGCAACAUGACUAUCGAGGCCCUUUGUUUAUGAAAGUCUCUCGGUGCUCCUGAUCUCUUCUCUGGUUUGUUCAGGCCUUUGGCAUUGAUCGUGAGAAUAUGCAGCGGGGCGGGAGUCAGUGGCAUGUCGUCUGGUCAGUCGGCUGUUGGUUGGUGCUGUAUGGGUGUCGUUGUCCAAGUCCCUGCUGUGUGUGUGUACCUGGUAUGGCCUGUUUGUCGUGGUCAGUUUGAGGACAAGGUGUCAGGGUUUAAGGUGGGGUAGAGAGAGGGGUAAGGUAUCGUGGGAUUCGUGGAGAUUCCCUGUGAUCUCCAGUGGGUGUGUUCCGGUCUCGGGACCGUUAGGUGUAGACGUCGGGGAGUUUCAAUCCACGGUGCCACCAGUGGCUCCCGUGAGUGACUCACUGUCUGAGUGACGUCUCUCCUACUGGGCAGUGGUAGGGUGUAUCGGUGUCGGUCUUCCGUGCGGCAAGUCGGGUCCCAUGUCGCCCCUUUUUGGUUCCCGGAUGCUACCUCAAUGGAAUGUGAUGGUCUUCCCCGCCUCGGGGUGUGUUGGCUCGAGAGCCGGCGUGUGUGUUGCACAGCAUGUCUGUUCAAGGUACUGUAGUAAGGCAUAAACCGUAACAAUAACAUUUAGAUUAAAUUCACAACAGGUGAUAACAAGUAGUUGACAUUUCUAUCAUGGUGCAGGGCUGCACAUCCAAUUCUGAUAUUCUGCCGCCUCCCCCUGUUAUCGAGGUCUUCCAUGUGGAGGGCCAUUUGGCGCAGUUGUAUCGUCUGCUGCUGUAUUACGUUUGCGGUGGCGUUUUGUGCUGAUGUCACGUGGUCACAGUCUGCCUCCAACAAUGCUAGCUUAUGGUGUAGCCCCUGCAUGUCCUCCCUUAAGGCAUGGAGUUCCCCUGUUAUGGACUUGUGAAGGGCGGCAUUUGCCUCUUUAAGGUCAGCUUUCGUGGGUAGGUUGCUCAAUAAGGAUGCCCAGUCCAGCUGGGAUGGGGGUAGGUCAGGUGUAAGAUGUACCUGUUCGUGAUGUCUGCUGCCUGGUGAGGCCGGGCGGGCCAGGCCCGAGGCCUCCGAGUCACUAGAGGCCUGAGAGACGUGAUCCGCCUGGGUCAGGAGGUAUUGUCUCAUGCCCGGUGUCUGGGACCCCCUCGGAGUGUUGGCGGUCGCUGCCGCUUGCUGUUGCCGGUUUGUUUUGCCCAUUUUGCGGUGUGUGGGGCUAGUGAGGCGGGUAAUAGUGCAGAGCCUGCAGGGAGCUUCUGGUUCACGCCGCCAUUCCGAUCGGCGUCCAAGCCACGCCCCGUGGUAGAACUUUUUAUCACUUGAGAAAGCCAGGCGAUGUUAUGUAGUCUAGAAGUUGAAAGUCCUUAUAGUUUGAUUCCACGCAGGGGCGUACCUAGAGCAUUUGGCACCCGGGGCAGAUCCUGUGCUUGGCACCCCCACCCCAAAAAAAAAACCUUUGCUGUAGCGUGGCCGAGCCCUGUAUAGUCGGCGGGUACAGGUAGCUUUUGUUUCCUGUACCCGGCCGGACUAACAGGAAGUGCACACACUUUUGGAACACUUCUAUUUAACAUAUUUAUAAAUGAUCUUGAAAUAGGCAUUGAAAGCCAUGUAUCAGUGUUUGCAGAUGACACAAAACUUUGUAAAGUAAUAAAAUGUGAGCAGGAUAUUGCUUUGCUGCAGAGGGAUUUGGAUAGAUUGGGGGACUGGGCACUAAAAUGGCAGAUUAAAUUUAACAUAGAGAAAUGCAAAGUUAUGCACUUUGGGGUAAAGAAUGCACAAGCAACUUACACACUAAAUGGUAGUGAAUUAGGGAUAAUCACACACGAGAAGGGUUUGGGAAUUGUUAUAGAUAACAAAUUAGGCAGCAAUAUGCAAUGUCAAUCUGCAGUUGCUAAGGCCGGUACGAUUUUGUCUUGUAUAAAUAGGGGAAUAAAUUCUCGGGAUGAAAAUAUAAUUUUGCCUCUUUAUAAAUCGCUGGUAAGACCACACCUUGAAUAUGCUGUGCAAUUUUGGGCGCCUGUUCUAAAGAAAGAUAUCAUGGCACUAGAAAAAGUGCAGAGACGGGCUACAAAAUUGAUAAAAGGAAUGGAGCAUUUUAGUGAGAGGGGGUAUGAUAACUUUAUACAAAUAUAUUCGGUGCCAGUACAAACCAUUAUCUGGAAAUCUAUUCAUAAACAGGGAUAUACAUAGGACACGAGGUCACACAUUUGGGCUGGAAGAAAGGAGAUUUAAUCUAAAGCAAAGAAAAGGUUUUUUUUUUUUUUUUGUUUGUUUUUUUUUACAGUAAGAGCAAUAAAGAUAUGGAAUUCUCUGCCUGAAGAGGUGGUUUUAUCAGAGUCCAUACAGAUGUUUAACCCCUUCGUGAUGAGUGACGGACCUGGUCCGUCACUCAGGGGAGACCCUUAACGACGAGUGAUGGACCAGGUCCGUCACGAGUUAAAAUUAACCCCAGAUCGCGAGCACAUGUGCUGCAUGUACUCACCUACCACCUACCUGCACUUCAGAGUUCGCUGUGAAGUGCAGGAAGACGGAUCAGAGCUGAUCAUCUCCCUGUUAAAAAAAAUAAAAUAAAGUUUAAUCAAUAUCCCAACUCCCUUACCCAUUUUAAUUAAAAAUUAACCCCUUCCCUGCCAAUUGAUUACUUAGAGUGAUCAAUUGGCAGGGAAUACAUUUUACUGUCAUGUGAUUUUUUAUUUUUUUUUUUCAUUUUUUUUUUAACCCCUGAGGGUUAAUUCUUUUUUUUCUUUUUUUUUUUUUUAACCCUCAGGGGUUAAAUUUAUUUUAUUAAUUAAGUUAAAUAUUUUAAAAUCAUAUAUUUAUCUAGCUGGGGUGGGUGGAAGUUAGUGGGGAAUUGGGGGAUUUGGUGUUAGGCUAACUAGGGGUUAACUUUAAAAAAAAAAAGUUUUAAAAUAAGCUUUAAAAAGUGUUAAAAAAAGUUUUAAUAACGUUUAAGUAAAAAAAAAAAAAAAAACCCUUUAUCCAGUCCAAAUGAAAAUGAACCCCUUCCCUGCCAGUCGAUUACUGCUUACAGUGAUCAAAAUACAGAUCACAGUAUUAUACUGUGAUCUCAUUUUUUUUUUUAACGCCUGAGGAUUAAUUUUUAUUUAUUUUUUAACCCUCAGGGGUUCAAUUUAUUUAAUUAAUUUAAAUAUUUUAUAAUUAUAUAUUUUGCUAGCUGGGGUGGGUGGGAGUUAUGGGAAAGUGGGGAAUUUACUGUUGGUUAGGGGUUAACGGUAAAAAAAAGCUUAUAAAAAUGUUCAAUCUGUAAAAAAAAAAAGUAUAAGAAAGUUUAAAAAAUUAAUAAGCUAAACAAAAGUUUCAAAACAAUUUUUUUUUUUUUAUUUCUUUAUUUUGGUAGUGCAUUAUUCAGUACAUGAGUUAACAUAAACAUGUUAUUGGGUUGCAGUAUAAGGUGUCAUAAGUAAUAGCAUUGUACAUGUUAGGAUUGCUGCACUUUUUACCGAGUAUACCACCAUAUGCUGCUUGCUAACUAUGAUUAUAUGAGUCAAACUGGGCAAUGCCACGAGGAGCCCCACACAGCGUGCCAGAGGAUAGGUAAUCUAAGACAUAGAUGGACAUAUAUUCAAUAUGAGGUCGCUUAUAUAUGACAUAGACUAGUAGUUAGUCUAGCAGUUAGGGAAAAGCCUAAUUGAUAUUGCGAUAUAAUAUGCUGUAGUAAAUAUCAGUAAGUGAAACCUCCGUUGCCAGGCCUGUCCAUAUGCAUGCCACAGUCUGUAGAGUGUUGCAGUGUCAGUCUGUUUUAUGGUGCUUUGUCUGAGGUUGGGAUCAGCCAUCCCCAGUGGGUGAUGAGGCAGGAGGGACCUUGCAUGAGGGUUUCGAAAUGUGGGUAACUAGCCUCUUCAAUCAGCCUUUCUCCAGACCCGACCUCAGGGAUUCUGAAUGGAUUAGACUUCCGUGGGCUCCUUUCGCCGUCUCUGCUCUCCAGCUCCGGCCCUAGCCCACUCUCCAUGCGACCUGAAGGCAGUAUCGUGUCCGGGCUUGUUAGGUAGGGGCGAUGUUCAGCUGACUGUUUCUGUCCGCAGGCAGGCGUGGUUGUGUUGUCUUGUGCAGGUUGUAAUGCCGCCAUUUUGGUGGUCAGGCGCGUGGUGCAUAACUCCAGGUAGGCUUGGUGUUAGGCCGUGGUGGCUCCGGCUUCUGUCUGGAUACAUUUUGGUCACCCAGAUUGCUUUAAUGCUUGAGUUUUAUGCCACAGGGGACCAAGUGUGUCAGGAGCCUCUCCGGUCUGCGACUGGUCAGCAUGGCGGUCAGGCCCCGCCUUCCUAAAAACUAGUUUUAAAAGUUAAAAAAUAAAUUUAAAAACGCUCAUUACCACUACACUUGGUACAAGCUAGCGGAAAAAUGAUCCCACGCUAAGGUUCAAAAUAUGCCUUUUGAAAUACCCUGCGAUGUCUUCUUUAAGAAAUGGUAUGCCUUUAUGGUGUAUUUGGAUUAUAUAACCUGGUAAAAUACUCUAAAAUGGGACAUGGGCACAGCGUAAAAAUAUAAAGUUUGAAAAAAACUGGAAUGGCUAUGUCCCAAAUGUGCCCCUCCGAUGUCCACAUAUACCUGGCAAAGGUACAAAGGGGGGUAUUGCUGUACUCAGCCGACAUAGCUGAGCAACAUAUGAAGUAUUAUACAGUCGUAGCACACAUACGAUUUGCAAAAUAUACUGUACAAACUCACUGUGGGUGUCAAAAAGGCAGAAAAAAACGCUUAUUACCACUACACUUGGUACAAGCUAGCGGAAAAUUUAUCUCACGCUAAGGUUCAAAUUAUGCUUUUUGAAAAACCCUGGGAUGUGUUCUUUAAGAAAUUGUAUGCCUUUAUGGUGUAGUUGCAAUAUGUAGCCUGCUCAAGUGCUCCAAAGGUGGACACGGACGCAUCAAAACACUCCAUGAAAAUUCAUACUUAAAAACUUUAACUUGUCACGUCUCUUUUACAGCAGUGUAACUUCACAAAAUAGUGUCUAGGUUAUACAUUGGGCAUAUUGUUUUACUCAGAAGACUUAGCUGAGCAUAAUUUGGGGGGUUUGAACUUAGUGGCACAUAUGAAAUAUACAAAAUGCCCAGCAAAAAUGCAAUCCGUAUGUAAAAAAUGCCCCAAAUUAUUUUUUACCACAUACUUUGCCAUAUAUUGCUGAAAAAAUGGGGGCAUAUUAAGGCACAAUAUGUACCAUAUGAGAUACCCUGGAGUGUCUACUUUUACAAAUGGUAGGCCUUUGUGGGGUUUUUUUUUUUUGAACAGUCAAACUGCUAUAAUUCCCCAAAUUGAAGCAUAGGCCAAUUAAAUCUGUCUCUAAAUUCUACUGUAAAUACCGAAAAGGACAGGUCUCCUACAUGGCACUGUAGCUUCACGAAAUAGUGUCAUAGACAUACAAUGGGGGUAUUGUUGUACUCAGCAGAUGUAGCUGAACACAAAAUAAAGUUUUGUGCAGGAAUAGCACACACCAACUUUACAAAAUACACAUGGGAAGUUCUUUGUUCUAAGUUUGUGUGCCAAAAAAAAAAAAAAAAAAAUUUUACUCCAAUAUUUAGCAGAGAUUGGCAGUGAAAUGGCUACUUAGAAAGUGUCAAAACAACCUUAGGUAAAUAGCCUGUGAUGUCUACUUUAUAUAAAUAUAUACUUUUGUGGGGCAAUUUUGUUUUCUUUUAUGGCUAUUAAGCUUACAAGACAAACAUACCAAAUUCUAAAAUCGCUCCACAUUAAAAGUUUAUUUUACUCCUUGUGCUUUGUGACCUGUAACUACCAAAAAAAUAAAAUAAAAUCCCAGACACAUUAUAUAUUCUGUAAAUCAGAACAACUAAAUGAAUUUAUUUUUAAUUACUUUCCUUAACCUGCACUAAUUGUGCACACAUUAUUAUUGCAAAAACUGUAAAAAACACAUUUAUUUUUUUGCAUUUUCUGUAUUUUUUUUAUAAUAAAUGUGUGUGUGUGUGUGUGUGUGUGUGUAUAUAUAUAUAUAUAUAUAUAUAUAUAUAUCUCUAUAUAGAUAUAUAUAUAUAUGUGUGUGUUACAUCAAAUUAAAGCCCUUUAUGUCCUUUAAAAAAUAGUAUAUAAUAUGUGUCGGUGCAAUAAACAAGAGAGAUGCAAAUUGCAGUUGAACGUAAACAGAAAAUGCAAAAAUUGCUUGUGUCAUUAAGCGUAAGACAAGCUUCUGUGUCCUUAAGGGGUUAAACUGCAAUUGGAUAAAUACUUGCAAAAACAUAACAUACAGGGAUAUAAUUUCUAAUUAGUGGGGUAAUAGCUGCUUGAUCCAAGGAGAUAUCUGACUGCUAUUUUGGGGUCAAGACGGAUUUUUUUCCUAGUUUGUGGCAAAAUUGGAAACGCUUCAAACUGGGUUUUUUUGCCUUCUUUUGGAGCAACAGCAAAAACAUAUGUGAGGAAGGCUGAACCUGAUGGAUGCAAGUCUCUUUUCAACUAUGUAACUAUGUAACUAUUUCUCAUUUCACAGCAGUGGCAAGCUUUGGGAGUAGAACAACUGCGACUCAGCACAGUGGACUUCACUGGGGUCCCGACAUUGGAGAACUUACAGAGAGGGGUGGCAUUUCUUCACAAGCACCAGCAUGAUGGGAACAGCGUUUAUAUCCACUGUAAGGCAGGCCGAUCUCGCAGUGCUACAAUGGUAGCAGCCUAUUUAAUAGAGGUGAGAUUUUGUAACAGAAGAUAAAAUUACGUUCUAACAUUAGAGCUGUAAAAUUGUCAAAUGUAUCUUUGCAGAUGCCCGUCAGAUUACGUUUGCUGAACACUGAUACUUUUAGGGGCAGGGAUUGAUGAGCAUUCAACCAUGUAUCUCAAGUAGCACUUAUGCCAUUUUAUCCUCAGACUUAUUAGGAUUUGACAAAUGCAAAGUGUCAUAGCCACCCAGAAAUUGGUCAAGGAACCUAGAAUCAUGUCUCCCUGUUUCAUAUACACCAGUUUGAGAGAUUAUAAAAUCUUCCUUCUCCAUUUUAGCUUUUUUUUUUUACUGAACAAGUGUUCUGUCUGUGUUUUAACCUGACGCAGACCACAUUAACCAAUGCUCUAAUUAUCCAGCACGCUGAUCACACGUCACACUAGGGCUCAGUGGGUGGAGGAUGCAUGGCUGAGUCACAUCAUUCUGUGCUGGUUGGGAGAACUAAAGACAUCCCUACGGGUUUGUUAUUUUAAAAAUAAAAGGCACAGUCAUAUCAAUGUUACAAUAUGGUAUCUGAUUAGAUUGGAAAGGCUGACAGCUGCUAUUCAUGAACCUUCUAAGCAAUACUUGAAAAUAUGGUCUGUCUGGAUGGAGACAUUUUGUUGUCAGGGUCUGAAUUUUGUUCUCUUCCUUUUUUAGAAUACCGGUCAUUAACAAGUAAUUGUGAGUGUGCUUAGGCACCACAUUGAAUAGCUCCAAAUUACCCGGGAAAGUUAAUUACACUUCUUUUGUCAGUUUGCAGCAUAAAUUGCUCUAGGAUUUUUCACAGUUCUGUCCCAAGCUUGCCAUUAUCCACAUGUUACUUUUUGUUUAAGUAGGCAAUGGAAAUGGAGAUAAUUGACAAGAUAACAACCAAAAGAGGCAUUUUAUUGUAGUCUACCAGGUUUCUAGCUCACUUAUUGUGGUCUAAAAUUUGCAGUGUUACUUAAACAAAAUUCCUGGUUUAGUGAAUAGCUCCAUAUUUUAGAUGGUAUUUACCAAAACGAGAAUUGUUGGGAAUGCAAUUUUUUUUUAAAAUUUAAGGCCAAAAUAGCCAACAUGGAAAAAAAGAUUCUCCACGUCACCUAUGCUUCCAAUUUGGAAUUAACUUUGAAUUCCAGACAGUUAUCACGUUAGUAAAUAACCCUGUGUGUUUAACUCUUACCUAAAACAAAUAUUCCUUUAUAUACUCUGACAAAGCUCUGCUCUGAAAGGACCACUAUAGUGCUAGGAAAACAAACUUGUUUUCCUGGCAUUAUAUGGUUUUUAGGUCCGUACCCCCCCACCCUCAGGGUCCCACUCCUGCUGGGCUCUAAGGGGAGGAAGGGGUUCAAGACUUACCUUUCUCCAGCGCCUGGCUCCCUCACCGCUGGGGACUCUCCUCCCUCUUCGGCUGAAUGCGUAUGCGCGUCAUAUGGACGCUGGCGUCUUCUCACUGUGAAAAUCACAGUGAGAAGCGCGGAAGCGCCUCUAGCGGCUGUCAAUGAGACAGCCACUAGAGGCUGGAUUAACCCAUAUGUAAACAUAGCAGUUUAUCUGAAACUGCUAGGUUUACAGCAGGCAGGGUUAACCCUAGAUGGACCUGGGACCCAGAACACUUCAUUGAGCUGAAGUGGUCUGGGUGCCUAUAGUGGUCCUUUAAUUAAGGCAUGAUAAGCAAGUGAUUUCUGGGUGCGGAGGAGAGCCCUACCAGUGCUAAACAGUUUGACACAAGUUGUAGACAGAGUUUAGAGAGCGAGCAUGUAGUGGUUAUGUUGCUAGGGUACCCUUGAAUUACUUGCUUUCGGAGAUCUGUCUUUAAGUACUACUGGAAUGAGUAAAAGUCCAGUUUCUAGGUUGUAGGGGUGCCAACAAGGUCCAAACUUGAUCACAUUUGCCUCUAAAGUUAUCUAAUAGAUAGAACUAUUUAAAUGUCUGAAAGCAAAGAACUGGAACAAUGACUCCAGCUUUCAAUGCAUUUAGAGCAAUUAUAUGUUGAAUUCUGCUACUGAACGGACGACUACAUUUCAAAUUCUCCACUAACCCAUUAAAUUUGUGAAAAUCUGGAGGGGAAAAAAAUGACAACGCAUGAAAACAACAAUAUUCAAGUAUCUAUUUCCAAAUAUUACUUUUAUCAGCAGUGUGUACAUUUACAAACUUGAGAAACCUGGCAAUCUUCAUACAUAACUGACAGAGAGUAAGCUUUAUUUGAUAAAGACAUUUUUAAUAUUAUAUAUUUUUUUGUUACAUAAAAGGUCAGUAAAUGUGCUGUGUUGUAUACUUUAACUUUCAUUAGAGGUUUUUGUUUUGCAAAAAAAGAGAAAUAUAUUUUUGCACUGGGAAUUGUACUGCCCAUUUGUAAUACAUUUUGGAGAUCGUUACCCCAUUGCACAUCACACACAUUGAGUUUAAUUAGAAAAUAAUUGUAUUUUUAGUGGAAUUAUAGUCUUACUUGUUCCAGUACUGCAAACAGCCAGUUUACCUGCAGCUCAUUUUUGUUUUUCACAGAGACACAAAUGGACACCUGAUUAUGCGGAGGACUUCAUCGCACGUAUCAGGCCACACAUCAUAAUCAGAGAGUCACAACACCAAGUUCUGGAAAGAUUUUACAAUUCAGUUGCUAACGUCAAAGCACCAGAGAGUGGAGGGUAAUAUAGAAAGAAAGUCUAUCAAGAACUGCCCCCUCAUCUUUCACCUCUGGUUAAUCCAAAGAGUUCACCCACUUCCAUAACCUGGCUGUGUCUUGGGAUUGUUGUCAAGACGUCACGUUAUCUCAAGUUAUACAUAGCAAAAGUGCAAUAUUUUGAUCGGUUAAAUUAUUUUUAAUUAAUUAUUAAAAUAAGGAAUUCUAAGAUUAAAGUACCCGGCUAAUUGUUAACAGCCGUACGCUUCCCUUAAUAUGCUCAAUUUUGUUGUUGGUUUUAUCUUUUGGGAGAUGCAGGGAAAUCAAUUCACCACUGGUACAAUAAAGACAGACCCCAAAUACACACAUCCACAUAUAUAGAUACAUAAUCUAUAAAUCACAAGUACACUAUUUGUUACAAAAAAUAAAGAAGAGUAACACAUUUUAUUAAGUUAUUUUGUUUUGUCACAAAAACCAAAAACAUUUCCAUUAUGUGGUAUUAUAACAAUUGUCAAAGUCCUGAAACCAAACCGAUGAUUUGCAUUGUGUUUGUUCAGCCAUAAUUUAAUGUUUUCUCCCACACAUAUUACAUAUUGGGGUUUUUAAAGGACAGAAAGGGCUUUCUUAACAUCCUAUAUGUAUACUUAACACAACAUUGUGUAAAUAAAAUGUUAAAGAUGGGUUUUUGUUUUUUUUUCACAUAUUUGCUUAUAAUAAUCUUUAUACAAAUAAAAAGAGCCCAAAAUAGAUUCACGUAUCAGUCCUGAUUGUAAAUUAAUUCCUCAUGUCUAGGAUCUAAAUUUGUGGUUGCUAAUAGCAAUCCUCCUAAUGCUCUACCAACCCUAAGCUUACACUAACUAUAACACUAUGACUGCUUUAACCCUAACACUGACCAUAACACUACAUUAACCUUACACUAGCACUAACCCUACACAAACCCCAAGGAAAUGCUUUACUAAAAUCAGUAGUUAGAGUUAAAACAGUAGAGUGGCAAAAGUUGUAUGUUGCUGCCAUCUACUGCCUUCUUUCAGCAUUACAGGCAUUUCUCUGUAAUAUUUGUCAGAAUUACAAUGAUCACAAUUGGCAUGGGGCCAUGCUUGGAAACCCUGUCAAGGUCAGUCCAAACCCCGGGGGUCUCACUUGAGCACCUGCCAGCCCAGGAACACAGCUGCUUUGCACAAUCUGCUCAGCCGCCCUGUUCUUAAUGUAUUUAAAGGGCUAUAUACAAUGCUUACUUUGAGCUCUGCAUACAGCUCAUCACUAAAUGUGACCCCCAGCUUACAAUUGAUACCCGAGACUCCCUGUUGUGAGCAAGGAUUUAACCCUCUUCAUACUCAGCUUUGCAGUCAAGUCAGAUUUAAAUGGUUGUAGCAGUGCUCAUUUGGAGCUCUGCAUACAGCGCAUCUGUUAGUCUGGGGCUACUAAAAAAAAAUGGCCCAGCUGACAGAGGGGAGCUCUGGGUAUUGAGGAAUUUAACCAUGCUCACACCAAAAUGUUAGGACAUGCCAUGUCGUCCUAAAGGUGUUAAAUCCCACUAUAGAGGAAGACUUGUAAUGCUGUGAAGGGGUUAAUAUUAGAGCUCUAAAAUUAAUGGUUACUCUUAAGAAAUCUUUCAUGUGGUUGCGUAGAAAGAGCAAUUCUGGGACACAAAUUAUACACACAGUUUGACAUUUCUACGCUAUUAAUCGGGCAUAAAAACAUACUCGUCCAUUGCACACUCACGAGGGCUAAAUUUUCUCACGCCGAUGGGGAGUGGAUAUUUUGAGCCCUGUAUACAAGACUCCACAGGUAAAUAUCUAGUGCUUAUCUCAUUUUACAUUUUUCUUUGUCUUAAUUUAAGAGCAAAAAUGAACCAGUACCACACUUCAAUAGAAAACAGCAGGUAAAUAGGAUUAAUCUCACUCUGCAAACAAUAUCUAUUAAAACGGUCAAACAUUUACAGGUUUAGUUUUAUUAGAAGCACACACACACAGACAAAAAUACUAGACAAAAUGUGUUCAUCACAUAAAAUUAUUAAUUGUAUAUUGAAUAAGAAAAACAAAACACAAACAGCAAAUGCUUGUAUGAGAAUGUAGCAGUGUACACUGGAAAUUAAGAUUAUAUUAUUUGAUCUCUCCACUGCGCUCAGCCUUCCGUUAUAUAUUUAUCUAUUAAUUAAUGAUGCAGUGCACUCCUGCCUCCUCAUUUAAUAAUGUAGAGAUGUAAAUUAUUCUUAACAGCUUUCAUACUUGGGGGUUUACUCACUAAACCAAAUACACCUGACAAGGGAACUUAAACUUAGGCCACAGUAGCAAAGGUUUAGAAGUUCAGCUAUUUUGAACUAAAAAAUAGCAAUCUAAUUUGUAUUUUUUUUUUUUUUUGUUAAAAUAAAACCCCAAAAAACAGUACCAAAAAUUGUAUUGCAAACCAUAUACAUAAAAAUAAAAUGUUUGAGUGCUGCAUCACUCUGUAAGUCCUAUCACCCAUUCUAGGUGGUAGCAUCUAAUUUGCUUAUGAAUGAUUGCGAUAUCACAAAGAAAAACAUUUAUUUUAAUUUACUAAACAAUUCAUAGUAAACCAAACUGCAAAUUUAGGCGAAAAAAAAAAUUAAUCUGUUAGUAGAGCAGUGAGAGGAUUCUUCCAAAUAAUCUAUUUUAGCCAACGUUUUAUAAUUAAGUUUAAUUCAUUGCAAGUCCGUUGCUUUUUUUACAUUCUAUCCAUUGAAGGUGUUGGUUACAAGUUCCCUGCAAUAGUUUGGGUGAUGUAACAAAGUGCAGAGGUUCUCCAUUCUUUAGCAUUUCAUUGAGACAAUAAUGCAAACCAUAAUAAAAUACGUAGUCCCUUCUGACAACACAAGCAUAGAGAGGAACAGAGUAUACAAACUGAAAGGGUUCACAUCACAGCUUUGCAUAUCUCCAUCCUGAGAGUGGCUUAGAAUUGCAGCAAUUUGUAAAAAUGAUGGUAGCUUUAAGUUUGCCCCUCAGAGCUGUCAGUCAGGCAGCCCGGACCCUCGGCUUGCUCUAACUAAUAUAAAUUUUGUUUGGGUACACCUCACACCACUUGGACCAAACUUGCUUAUCUUCCAAAAAGGAGAGCAAAUGUAUGUAGUGAACACCAACUGUGUUGAUCCGUGUACGUAGCUCAGUUCACUAAUCGGUUAACUGAUAUUAGCUGUGGUACGACUGCUACCAGCUUACAGAGCAGUUCAACUUAUCCUCAGUGAUGAUUGGAACUGCUCAUGGGGGACAGAGACCCUACAGACUAAAAUGAGAUGUUAUUGGUUGCAGUGUCUCUUCCAGGUAUAGGAGGGGUCUCCUUGUAGGUGCAAUUAGAUCCACUAAACACUGCCACCUGCACGGAUUUCUUUGAAUUACUUUUUAAUGCAUUAUCUGUGAAAUGCUUUAAAAAAAAAUAGGGCGUCCUCUGUAGUGUGAAGUCUAGACAUAAAUGGUACAUUUGGUUUGGAUUUUGUGUUUUGAUUAGUACUGAUAAGGCAGAUCUCACAUACAGGCACAUGGUUACUUGUACAGAAGAACAGUAAGUGACAUCAUGCAUUAAUGGGUUGCAAUUUAAAUAAAUCUAGAAAACACAGAAAAAAAGGCAUUUAGCCAGUACCUUCUAAUUAUGCCUUCAGAUACACAUUUAUAUAACAGUACCGAACUGUCAAAAGAAAAAAAAA